CCUUUCCACCCACCGCAGUCCAACAAGGUUUCGACAAAGGGAAAGUUCAGAUAAAACCACAUCGACCAGUGAGAGAUUUCCCUUUUGAAUCUUUUUGCAGCUUUUCAGAGCAGGAGCUGAGCUCGAAUAUAAACUGCGGCCCCUCCUGUUGCCAGUUUCGAUCCCGGGAUGUCGAUUGUAAGUGUUUUCCCUGUGGAUGCCGCCACCCUGGUGUUGCUGGGGGCUCUGACCAUUAUCCUCCUGCUGUAUUUCAACAGCGGCUUGAAAAAUCCUGGAGUCGUCAACUUCCCCCCGGGACCCCCUCCUCUCCCAGUGAUCGGGAACCUGCACAUGUUGGAUCUGAAGAAGCUGAACAAAUCUUUGAUGAAGCUAUCUGAGAAAUAUGGCGAGGUAUUUAGCAUCAAGCUGGGACCCACAACUGCAGUGGUGCUGACCGGUUAUGAAGCAGUGAGGGAAGCUCUCGUCAACAAUGCAGAUGAAUUUGGAGAAAGAGCACACAUCCCAAUAUUUGAAGCACUUACAAAAGGACACGGUAUUGUUUUUGCUCAUGGGGAGUCAUGGAAGCAAAUGCGAAGAUUUACCCUCAGCACAUUACGAGAUUUUGGAAUGGGAAAGAAAACCAUUGAAGACAAAAUAAUUGAGGAGUCAGAUUUUCUGGUAAAAAGGAUUGAUGCUUAUAAAGGCCAACCGUUUAAUCCAACUAUGAAAAUGAACUCUGCUGUGGCCAAUAUAAUUUCCUUGAUAGUUUUUGGUGACAGAUUUGAUUAUGAGGAUGAAACAUUUAUUGGUGUAAUAAAGAGAGUGAAUGAAAAUAUUCAACUUUUUGGUUCAGCUAUGGUCCACCUGUACAAUGCAUUUCCAGUCCUGAAAUUCUUUCCUGGGUCGCACAAUAAGGUUUUUACCAACAUAGAGCAGACUAUUGUCUUCCUCAAAGGCUACUUCAAGGAAAAUCGUCAGAAACUAGAUGGCAAUGACAUGAGGAGUUUUAUCGAUGCAUUCAUGGUCAGACAACGGCAGGAAUCAGCCAACCCUAAUUCAUACUUCCAUGAAGACAACUUAAUGUACACGACGAUUAACCUGUUUGCUGCAGGGAUGGAGACCACCUCAACUACACUUCGUUGGGGAAUGCUUCUGAUGAUGAAAUAUCCAGAGAUCCAGAAAAAGGUUUAUGAGGAAAUUAUCGGAGUUAUUGGAUUGGAACGACCUCCCAGAGUUGAGGAUCGGAAAGAUCUGCCAUAUACUGAUGCAGUAAUCCAUGAAAUCCAGAGGUUUGGUGAUGUUGUACCAAUGAGCAUCACACAUGAAACAACAGCAGACAUAAACUUCAGAGGAUACUUCAUUCCAAAGGGAACCCAUGUAAUCCCAUUGCUGUCCUCUGUGCUGUAUGAUAAAACUCAAUGGGAAAAACCAAAUGAGUUCAACCCAUCUCACUUUCUGAAUGCUGAGGGCAAAUUUGUGAAGAGAGAUGCCUUCAUGCCCUUCUCUGCAGGUCGGAGGGCUUGCACUGGUGAGGCUCUGGCUAAAAUAGAACUGUUCCUGUUCUUUACUAUAUUGAUUCAAAAGUUUAUCUUUCAAGUUCCACCCGAUGUCAGUGAACUGGAACUGGAGCUGGAGUCUGGUGUGGGUUCUACUUCAUUCCCAAAGUACCCAUAUGUGUGUGCUGUGCGUCGCUGAUGUCACCACUUCAUCCAUGAUUUACCUGAUCUCCCUUUUCAUUAAUCAGUUUCAUUAAUCAAUGGCUGUUAUAUUUGAUGUUUGAUUUCCUUGCGAUGUUUCCUGGAUUUGUGAAUCAAUUUUCUGUUUGACUGCAGUGACAGAGAUCGGAGAAAGUGAGAACUGCAGAUGCUGGAGAUCAGAGUCGAAAAGUGUGGUGCUGGAAAAGCACAGAUGGUCAGGCAGCA